GGGCACGCUACGUUCUCUCAGCGUGAUAUUCGCGCGGGAAUGUAAACAAUUCUUAUUUUAAAUAUGUGACCAAUAAGUGCGGACUAUGUGAAAAAAGUUUUUAUUCAAGGAGUUUUUAAGUGGAUGUGCACGGGAUUUUGAGUUUUAAACUUAUCAAUGACGUGAGAAUUAAGCAGUGUGAUGCUAUUUAAUAAUUAUCUCGUAAUAUUAGACUAAGGUUACAAAUCCGCAACUUUUGCAUGAAGAUUAACGGGAAACUGGGAAAACCUGGCUAUUUGCUAUUGAUAUAACGUAAUGUUAAAGUGAAAAUGAUUUAGUGUUAAAACAUUCAAGUGGUACUUCAUAUAUCAAUUUUCAACUGUGACAAGUGACGGUGCAAUGCGAAAAACAAACUGCCAUGAACACUAAAGUAUGCCGAGCUCAAGUGGUUGUUGGUAAACGCUUUUAAUAUAGUAUUUUAUUGGACCAUAAUGUGAGUGAGGACGUGAUGUGGGCGGCAAAAAUCAGCUGUAUCUUCAUACUGUUCGACGUGACUGUCGCCGGUGGCGGUUGGGAACCUUUGGGACAACCUUACUUCGACAACAGCACGAGGCGAGAAGCGACAGCAGCCGUAGGACAACCAGCAUACCUGCACUGUAGGGUUCGCAAUCUGGCCGAUAGAGCGGUGUCAUGGAUACGCAAACGAGAUCUACACAUCCUAACAGUGGGAGUCCACACGUACAGUAGUGAUGCCAGGUUCGCCGCCCUUCACGCCGAUGGUUCUGAUGAGUGGACCCUGCGAGUUGCGCCAGCGCAGCCUAGGGACUCUGGUGUCUAUGAGUGCCAAGUUUCCACAGAACCCAAAAUUAGUUUAUCAUUCCGGCUCACUGUUGUUGUGUCGAAAGCUGAAAUCCUAUCGGGUCCGGAGCUAUUCGUCAGAGCGGGCUCGGACAUCAAUCUCACUUGUGUCGCGAAACACGCCCCUGAUCCACCGAGUUUCAUCUACUGGUACCGCGGUGAACAAGUGGUGAACUAUGCUCAGCGGGGCGGCAUCAGCGUGGAAACUGAACAGCGAACGCGAACCAGUCGUCUGCUGAUCGCGCGAGCUUCUCCUCAUGAUUCUGGCAACUAUACGUGUGCUCCCAGUAGCUCUGAGUCUGCAUCGGUAAUUGUGCACGUGUUGAGUGGCGAGCGGCCAGCUGCAAUGCAGAGCUCCAGUACAUUAUCCUCUCAAAUCAAGCCGGCUUUUCUUAUUAUCUUCACGUCUAUUUCAACUACGAAACUUGACAAUAUCGACCAUUACAUUACAGCUUUUAUAACCUCUUUAAGCAAUUUAACUUCUAUUAUUUGUAUACUUUUCAAAAACCUACCCGCAUUAAAACUAUGUUCUUUCAGCUCAAGAUGACCGUCUGUAGUUAAGGAUAAAAUGAAAUGGAAUUGUAUAAAUAAUUACUUUUAAAUGUAACUAUGUAAACUAUUUAUUAUUUUAUUAGAAUUCUAUAUACAACGACGCUAAUACUGACUAAGGUCAAAAAAUAUUUUUGUCAAUUUUAGAUAAUGAUCGCUUGCUUAUACAAUACGAGUAAAUGAUACAUAAAAUGUGUCUAUUAAUUAUUCUGUUAACUCAAAUAACCCAGCUGUAUAUCAAUGAUUUGCAAAUUGUUGUCCAGAUGCAUAUUAAUUAUUGUAAAAAUAAUUUAAGCUUUAAUUACCUACCGUAUGAUUUUCGUAAAGCUUAAGGAAUGUAAUACAGAAUUGCGUUAUAGCAUUUUAUUUCCGUUUACAAUUUCAAAACAUAAAAUCAAUUCACUCAUAAGUAUCUCUCAAGCAGUUAAAGGAUUAAUUCGGUUCGAGCGUUUUAAGCCUCUUAGCGAUUAUCAAGUACUGAAUGUCGUUUGCUUUGCGAGAUAAAUACUUUUCAUACUGUUAAAUGGAAGGAUUAAUAAGAUAAAUGAUAUUUAUAAAUUUCUAAAUGAAAACGAUAAAACUGUAAUGAAAAGGUGAAUAAAAUUUAUUUUAGUAAUGCGGUAGACGAAAUCUAAUUAAUUUGUUAUAUUUAUUUUGUGUGUCAAAAGCGGAAAUGAUUUCGUAGUUAUUGAAAAAAUUAAAACAAAACCUAAGAGCUCAUGGGAAAACCAAAACAAAGGAUUAGAAUAUAUAAACAAAUAAGUACUUUGAUCUAACGAUUAAUGAGAAACGGCUACGUGAUAAACUUAUAUAUUAUGCUGUAGAAGUACGUGUGAGAGAUAUUCCAGCAAGAUCUCACUACAAUAUUUUAGGGGGAAUUGGACUGUCAAGAUUUGCAGCAAGUUCUUUUCAAGAAUGACCACCCAAAGCUUCACUAACUCACUAACUGGUUCAUCAAAUUUGGCUAGGCAGGAAAAGCCAAACAACCAGUUAAAGCGAGUGCUGCUAUACUGUACAAGAGAUCCGUGUAACCCGAGUAAAAAGUCUUCGGCUAAGAUCUAUAGAGUGUACUUCGCCUUUGCUCAGACUUUUCCCACAUAAUACUUAGCUGCAUACAUAGCACUCGUCACCUUGAGACAUAAGAUGCUAAGUCUCAUUUGCCCAGUAAUUUCACUAGCUACGGCGUCCUUUAGACCAAAACACAUUAAUGCUUCCAAAUUACUGCUUCACAUCAAAAAGGCGCCGUUGUGGUACCCAUUUACUAGCCGGCAUCUUGUGCAAAGGAGCCUCCCACUGGUAUUUAACAAACAAUGCAUAUUAAACUAUAAUUACGAUACUUUGGUUAAAUUAAGUAAAAUCUAUCAUUACGGGAAAUAUGCUAUACAUUACAAGAGAGCCGUGCAAACCGUACGAGCCGUCAACUUUCCUCAGACUUUUCCCAUGUAUAACUUAGCUGAGUGUGAUAAAACGCGAACUUGACUUUUGCAUUGGGCUGUAUCAGCUUAAGCUCGGCAUAAUUUCAGCUGCCAAUUAAUUAGAAAUACCAAAUCAAAUAUUGCGCUAAGGUUGAACUUAGCUCAGCUUUGCGUGAGUAAAGCAUCUCUAGAUCUUAGCCUUAGAGUUCUCGCAUUGCUACCCGAUGGAACCGUCAUGUCCCCGGCAACUUCAUCUCUUAGUCUAUACUUUAAAGUAUGUAUUUAACAGUAUUUACCAAUGGGAGGCUCCCGUGCAUAGGAUGCCGGCUACAUUAUGGGUUCCACAACGGCGCCUAUUCCUGCCGUGAAGCAGUAAUGUGUAAGCAUUAAUGUAUUUUUAUCUAAAGGACGCCGGAACUAGUGAAAUUACUGGGCAAAUGAGGCUUAACAUCUUGUGUAACAAGGUGACGAGCGCAGUUGUAGUGCUGCUCAAAAUUUUUGGGGUUUUCAAGAAUCCUGAGCAGGACUGCAUUGUAAUGGGCUGGGUGCAUCAAUUACCAUCAGCUGAACAUCCUGCUCGUCUCGUCCCUUGUUGUCAUAAAAAAAAGUAUUCGCCAUAUACACAACAAUCUUCGGAAUUUAUUUUUGAACAAAUUUAUGUCUAAUCAUACAAAGAUGUGUAGUAUCUGUUGGAUGAUUUUUGAUAUGGAAAUACUACAUUUAACUCUCUCGGCCCAGUAAAAAUACAUACCAUAUUUACACAUCAGUUGUAUAUGUUGUAGCAACCUGUAUAUUUAAUUGAUGAAAUGGUUAAAAUGUAUAUGAAUUAAAUAAUGAACAGUUGUGUUUUACUAUCAAACAUGAGUUGCGUGUUUUUGUUUACAAAUGUAAAUGUUAGGCUUUAAUUUUCCGUUUGUUUAUUUCGCUUUCCAUUGCGCUUCCAUUAUGUAAAGUUAUGUGCAAUUAAGUUAAUGGGUUUAUUAACACAACGUUCAUUGUAUUCUGUUUGUUACUAGAUGAUCGUAUACGCGCUUUAUGAAUAUAAAAUAUCUAUAGAAAAGGCUUAGAUAUUGUAUAGGUCUAGAUAGACUAUGACAGCGUCACGUUGAAAAUAAUAGUGGCCAACUGUUAACCUCUAUCUUCAGCAACGCACGCACACUUAAACUAAAUACAACGAAAAGUGACAUACGUAUCGCGAGUGUGAGAUAUAGAGGCUCUAUCAAGAUAUAUAAAUUAUCUAUGAAAACAGCUUGAUUAUUUUAACUUGAUCUAUUAUUGGCUUUCACAAGGCAAAAUGACAUCAACAUAUUUAUUUGUCUUAUAAUUAGAUUAAUUUAAAUAACUAAAUAAAAAUAAUUUAAUUUUAUUAGUUUUAUUUAAUUAUUAUCUUAUUAAUGUAUAUUGGAUGCAUACCCUUUCAAACUAACUUAUUCUGUAUAAUACAGACGUUGUAAAAUACUCUAUUGAUUGAAAAAAUUGGGCGUUGUAUUUCUUGUAUGUUAUUUUCAAGAGCUCUAUGUUCUUUUUUCGAACAUAAUGGUAGAUUUAGUAAUUUAAAGGAACAUUUUAUAGUGACAAUUGAAAAGCGCUUAGUUGAAGCCUAAUUGAAUAAGAUUUAUUUAACGUUGAAAUUUUUUUUUGUCAUUCAUUAAUUCUUCUUCUGCACACAAUAAAGAAAUAAUGACCAAAUUUUCGUCACUAUCGCUCAUCUUAUAAUGUUGCUCGCACGAAAACUGCUAUAGAAAUGACGCGACCUGCCGCUUACUGCAGUCGUAGUGCGAUAGGUACCGUCUAGCGACGUGAAGCGACGCGCAGUGCAGCGCCGCUAACGUAAUGCGUUCCGAUCU